AUGGUUUCGCAAAAAUCGCUGCGAGCCAACGCGGACAGCGAGAAGGAAAACAAAACGAACGCGGCGUCGUCUCCGUCAAGCGGCACGGGCGGUGGUGGUGGUGGUGGUAGCGGCAAUACACAUGCGGGAGACGGCAGCACUGCUGCUGCCGCUGCUGCUAGUUCCAAACAAACGAAAGAUAAACCCGCUUCCGACACGCAGUCCGGGCCGGAUGGAGUAAGUUCCAGUGCGGCCGGUUCGCCGGAUGCAAGUGGCGGGGAGGGCAACAAAGAUGAGCUGGUUAUUGGAGAGGAGUACAUGGUACAGCGGCAGGAUGGUUCGUGGCAUUUGGCACAGUUGAUACAAUCGCGACAGAAUCCCUCGGAUCCGAAGCAGCUGGAGUACUACAUCCACUACGAAGGUCUCAACCGGCGGCUAGAUCAAUGGGUGACGCGGGAUCGAAUAUCGAGCGAAAGCAUGCCGGGCGGCAGUCCGACCGGUGUCGGCGAUCGCUCCACCAGCACGUCCAUUCCACCGAACGCGUCCGGCGAAGGGGCGACGGCAAGGAAAAGUCCACUCGGAUCGACCACAGCCAAUGCGAAGGAUCGCUUCAGCGGGCUAAAGCCGGGCUCGAAGGAAGCCAGCACGCUGCUGUUGGGCGGCACGGAUCACAUCGCAUCCAGCCUGGACGGUGGCGAUACGGAUCGCAAGAUCACGCGCAACCAGAAGCGACGCCACGAUGAGAUCAACCACGUGCAGAAAACGUACGCCGACAUGGACCCGACCACGGCGGCGCUGGAAAAGGAGCACGAAGCGAUCACGAAGGUGAAGUACAUCGACAAGUUGCGCAUCGGGAAGUACGAGAUCGACACGUGGUACUUUUCACCGUACCCGGAAGAGUACGGCAAAGUCGGCACGAUGUACGUGUGCGAGUACUGUCUGCGGUACAUGCGGCUGGCCAAAACGCUGAAGGAGCACAAGGCCGUCUGCACGAGACGGCAACCGCCGGGCAGCGAGAUCUACCGGAAGGGCACGCUGUCCAUCUUUGAAAUCGACGGCAAGGACCACCGGUUCUACUGCCAGACGCUUUGUCUGAUGGCGAAGCUGUUCCUCGACCACAAAACGCUUUACUACGAUGUGGACCCGUUCUACUUCUACGUGCUGUGCGAGAUCGACCGCGAAGGGCAGCACAUCGUGGGGUACUUCUCCAAGGAGAAGGAAUCGCCCGAGGGCAACAAUGUCGCGUGCAUUCUCAUACUGCCGCCCUACCAGCGCAAGGGCUACGGCAAGCUGCUGAUCGGGUUCAGUUACGAACUGUCCCGUCUGGAGGGAGUGAUCGGCAGUCCGGAAAAGCCGCUCUCCGAUCUGGGCAAGCUGAGCUAUCGCAGCUAUUGGGCGUACACGCUGCUGAAGCUGAUCAAGGACUACCGGACGACGACGAUAAAGGAGCUGAGCGAGCUGUCCGGCAUCACGCCGGACGAUAUCAUCUACACGCUGCAGUCGAUGAACAUGGUCAAGUACUGGAAGGGCCAGCACGUGAUUUGCGUGACGAUGAAGCAGAUCCAGGAGCAUCUGCAGAUGCCACAGUUCAAGAAGCCGAAGCUGAUGGUGGACCCGGCGUACCUCAAGUGGACGCCCCAGAAGCGCAACAACCCAGCGAAGCAGAUAAAGAAAAAUUAGCUUUAACGCGUCAUGCGGUGUGGGAGCGGUGAACGAUUUUUAAUGGUGAACAAUUAAAACUAGAAUCAUGUAGCUCCUAACGAAA